AUGGCUUCGCCUGCAAAUUCCCAUGCCGAGCUCGUAACGCAGGACUUUUCAGCUGCCACAGUCAGUCGCGAUUUCCUGACCACCCGCGCCCCCACAACCACAUCAAGAACACCUCCUUUGUUCACCGGAACCAGCUCUUCGCUUUCGUCACCAACCGGAACACCUUCUGCGGCCGCGGAAUUGACAUCCUUCCACGGCGCGACAGUCGACCACACCACAACAAGACUGGCACAGCCGCCUCUGCCCGUCUCUACAAUCUCUACUUCGCCAGUUUCCCACGAUACCAGCGACAGCGCAAUCGCAGACUUCAAGCCCGGCGGAAACCAGUUCUGGAUCAUCAUCGGCAUCCUCAUCGUGGGCGUCAUCGUGCUCUCCGCGUGCGUCUUGGCGCUGUCGAUCUGCCGCCGCCGCCAGUGGAAGCGCGACCACGAUGUCCGCGAUCUCGUCGAGGCCGGGGCUGACUGCACCGAACCAGGCUCCACCGAGCACAACGCCUCGGAGCAGAACAGCUCUGCCGGGGCUUCUUCCGCUCGCGGGCAUGCUUCAUCCUGCUGGGCACGCCUUGGCGGAAUAGUUGCUUGCAUUCUGACUUGCCGCGCUGAUAAAGGCAAGGAGUCAGCACAGCCUGAGCAAGAGAAGCGUUGUCUGUCUUGCGGGAGAUUGCUUGAGGAGGGAGCCCAGAACGGGGAGGGAUUUCCUGCCAGCAACGACACAGGUAACCGCCAUCCCGCUGACGGCGAAACAAUCGUCAGCACCAGAGACGCCAGUGAACAGUCAUCCUGGCGUCUGGCAGUGUGUCAGGCAUGCGUGGUGAAGCACAGCGGGAUCACGGACCGGCUUAGAUGUGGUAACUGA